GACUGGCUCACCAUCUCUGUAAGCUCCUGGUGGACACCGUGGCUCUGUACUUGGAGGGUGAUGACAAGAGCAGCCCCAAGACAGCAAGUGCCCUGCUGCUGUCCCUGCUGGACACCCUGCACUGCCUGCUGCUCUACACAGCCAACGUGGUGCGCCAGACUUUGCAGGCACAGAAAUGUGGCACAGGAGGGGACACACAGGCUGCUGAAGGCCUUCUGCUGAUCAAUCAGCCCCUGACGGAGCUCAUUAGCCUGCUCAUUCAACUGCUUCCCAGUGAAGAUGCAGAGAUCUUUGUGAGUGCCUUGCAGUGCUUGUCGUUGCUGGUCCAGCUCUAUGGGGGGAGCAGUCAGGAGAACAUGUCUCCAGAAAACAUGGAGACCUUUGCUGAGGUACUGAAGUCCAAAAAAGAUACCAGACAACUGAAGCUCCUGUUGAAGAUUUUAAAGAGACUG